AUGCCAGAAUCAGUGAGCCACUCCGUUGCCAGCAGCAACAGCUCCUUUCUCAGCUCUAGUGUAGAAAAUGAAGGGGACUCUGAUGACACCAUCAUUUUGCAGCCUAGUCCUGGCCAAAGAAACAGAGAUGACCUGACUCGUCUUGCUCGGAUGAUUGAAAAGAUUCUGAGGGAGAAACCUGGAGGAGAGAGGAUCCUUACAGAGUAUGCUCGGAAAAAAAGCCUAACAGAUUCCAGAAGACGUGACAUGGUGAAGAUAUUGGUUGCACACAUGGCGAGUGAACAUGGGACGAGCCCUUCAAGGCGUGUUAAAGAGGACUACGCAAAGGGCAUCACUGCCUUGUUUCCAUACCUGGCCGAUCCCCAGGGCACUUUGGGCUAUGAGCAUUAUUACAAUCCAGUAGAUGGGGGUGGAUUUCUUGCAUGGAGAGUGAAAACGCUUCAAAAAGAAGCCUCGGAGGGACAACAGAAAAGAAACCCUCAGCCACUGACAGGUGGUCCAGAUUCUGGUGACAGAACCCCCUUCAGUAAGGAAAAUCAGCUAACCACAGAAACCCAGUGUUGCGAGGCCAUCGCUCUCAUGAAGCAUACAACUGAUGAAGCAAUCAUCAAGGAGAAGAUGAAACAGACCUUCAUCCAUCGCCAAGAAAUGGUUCAUGACCCAGUGAAGUCCUCUGAAAUAUUCACCACCUUUCCAAGAUUUCUUGACAUCACGGGAAUGAUAGUGCAGGAUUUCAGUCUGAUGUUUGGUGAUGACAUCUCUGCAAAGUUCCUGGAGAAGUGGCCUACUCACUACAGGCAGAAAGUCCUUGAACAAACCCGUGGCCUCACCCAGACAAGCGACCUUGAAGAUCUCCUUCAUAACGCUGAAUCCACAACAGAAGAACUGGAAGAUGGAUGGGACAGUGAGAUGUCCCCCAUCUUGCUCCUUAUCCACCUCAUGCCACCAUCACCUCAUGGCCGCAACAAGAGACCAGGAAAGCUCUCUGCCAGACAAGCCAUUGACCACCUUGUGAAAUUCAUCAAGACUGGGACCAGUAUUGAAGGGCAUCUGGACAGCAUCACAGAGAGCCGUCAACCCUAUCUACUGGCUGUGGGAACCAAGAGGAGCGCCACACACAAAUAUUUCAUUGUUAUCGACAAACAUGCAAUCCCGUGUCAGUCACCAGAUUGUCUUGCCUCUUUUGACGAGCUUUUUAAAGCUCAUUUCGUCUUCGCUACCUCGUACAACAGGGAUCUGGCCAAUGUCUACCACUUCUUGCAAACCGCAGUUUAUCAGAUUGAUACUGCUACCACCAAGGUGAAUCCCAGGGUCAAAGAGAUGAGAGCUCGGAUGCUGCACUGAUUUUGACACCUUGAGAUGUUUUGUUUUAUUUGCAAAGGCCCUCAAGCAAAUGACAGUUCACUAAUUAAGCACUUGAAGGUGAUCCACGGACUUUGUUCAGGAAAGACACUUCGUCUGAAAUGUGGUCAGCCUGCUUGUUCUCGUUUCUUUUGUACUUUUUCAGGGUUUCGAAAGCAUCUUAAAGCACAUGGACCUUGUGAUCCUGGUGAAGGCCCCUCAACUGAAGAUUUAGCUGUAAGUUUUGUUGAUGACUUUCCAUUAAACAGUGCCCCCUCUGACCCAGUCCUUCUUAAUAAGAGUCUUGUGGACAGCUGUGCAGCGACAGUGGCUGAACUUAAAGUGGCAGGUGUAGGCGAAACUAUCAUUAACUCUUUGGUUACUUCAAUGGAAGAGAUUGUUGAUGAUAUCCAUAAUCAAGCAAAAUAAUCUGUGAAGCAAUGUCUAUCUUUACAGGAACCUAUCAAAAGUGAGGUUGAGUGUAAAAUUGAUCAGUGCUUUGAAAAAAUUGAAAAUCCUUUUGGUGUCUUAAAUUCUGAAACUAAGAGAAGGCAGUAUUUCACAGAGAAGUGGGGAAGGGUGGAACCCGUUGAAUGUGUUCUUGGUACAAGAUUUGAUACACGGCGCAAUCGGACUACUGGAAUUUAUGAUCCAGUUGUUGUCACUGAUAAAUUGGUUUAUAUCCCAGUUUUGAAAACGUUAGACUUCAUUUACAAACACCCUAAGAUAAAAGAGAUGAUGCAGAGUCAUUCCAGUUCAA